CACCAAUCCAAAUCCAUUCAGUUUCCACCCUUAUUCUCUCUUCUUUGCAUGCAAUGGCUUUGAACGGCAAGGUGGCAACCGAAUCCGCUCCCUCAAGCUUGAAUGAGGAGACGAAAGGGGAGUACCGUCCGCCAUUUGGGGGCUCCGACGAGUCAAAGGUGCCGGAGGAUUUCAUUUGGUCGGAAAAGUUUGAGGCAUCCGAGUUGCUGCCGGUGCUGGAUGUUCCAACUAUUGACUUGGAAAAGUUCAUGAGUGGCGACAAAAGUUAUGUGGAAGAGGCGACAAGGCUGGUGGAUGAGGCUUGUAGACAACAUGGCAUAUUUUUUGUGGUGAACCAUGGAGUGGACAUGGAAAUGAUGGGCCGUGUUCAUGACUGUAUGAAUGAGUUCUUUACAAUGCCUUUGGAUGUGAAGCAGAGGGCCAAGAGGAGGGUAGGUGAGAGUUAUGGAUAUACCAAUAGCUUCUUUGGGAGAUUCGCGAACAAUCUUCCAUGGAAGGAAACCUUUUCCCUUCGGUGUGUGGCUGCUCAAAACUCCUCCGCUGCUCAUGACUAUGUUCUUGACACUUUAGGCUCAUCAUUCUCCCAUCAUGGGAAGGCGUAUCAAGAGUGUGGGAUAGCAUUGAACCAGCUUGGUAUGAAGAUUGUGGAGCUUUUGGGGCUUAGCCUUGGCGUUUCAAGAGAAUACUUCAAGAAUUUCUAUGAGGACAACGAUUCAAUAUUGAGGCUUAAUUACUACCCAACAUGCGACAAGCCAGAGGUUGUGUUGGGAACUGGCCCUCACACUGAUCCCACCUCCGUCACACUCCUUCACCAAGACCCUGUCAGUGGCCUUCAAGUGUGCUCCAAUGAUCAAUGGUAUUCAAUUCCUCCAAACCCAGAAGCCUUUGUCAUCAACAUCGGUGACACUUUCACGUCUCUCACAAAUGGGAUUUACAAGGGCUGCAUACACCGCGCUGUAGUGAAUUCCAUGAAUGCAAGAAAAUCAUUGGCCUUCUUUCUAUGUCCAUCGCAUGACAAAGUGGUGAGAGCACCGGAGGAAUUGGUGGAGAAGAGUCCACCCCGAAAGUAUCCAGAUUAUAAAUGGCCAAUGUUGCUUGAAAUGACCCAAAAGCGUUACCGACCUGAUUGCAACACUUUGGAAGCCUUCAAAACUUGGGUGAAAGAUGGAAAGGCGUUGGACACUGGGUCCACUAUUACCGCCCCGUCUGCUUAAACCAACCGUAACUAUGUCUCUCUAUGUAUGCCAAUAAAUGUUUCUAUAUUUAUGAGCUUUCUAGGGAAGAAGAACAUCGUGUAGCGUUCGGUCUAUGUCUCUCUUGUGUGUUGCUGGACGUUGCAAUUAAAAUAAACUCUUUAAUAUCA